AUGUAAUAAUGUCCACCAAAUAUGAAUCAAAACAAAUUGAUCCCCCCCGGUUCUGAAAAAUUUACAUUUCUAUUAACGAAAACUGCUGAACCAUAUGUAGCCUUAUUUAUUUCUAAACAUUUUUUGCUAUACUUUUAAUAAGUUGAUAUUCAUGCUCUUGGUAGUGCUAUAAAUAUAGCUGUUAAAUGUGCUUGUACUCUUAAAAGAACAGGAAUUGCUACUAUUACAAAAAUUGAUACACCCUCUUAGACUAUAGAAGAUCGUGUUGAACCUAAAAUCAUCAUUUCUUUAAGAGUCACCCAAAGAGGUUUAGAACUUUUAAAAGAAGAAAGUGAAAUUAGGAAAUAAAUUUGA